CGGGCAGGAAAUAUGUUCUUUUAUCGACGAACCGUCAUGUUUCCGGUAUAGAUGCAGGCUCUAGCAUCCAGAUGUGUUGUUGACACUGUGUGAUGGCUCCAGUGUUUCCUGCAGAUGUCCAGCAGCUGUUGGUGAUAAAAGAAGAGCUUCCCUAUGAAUGCAGCCCUAAUCUGGACCAUCAUGACUCAGAGCUUCUUCACAUAAAGGAGGAACAGGAGGAACUCUGGAAAAGUCAAGAAGGAGAACGGCUCAGUGGGCUGGAGGAGAAUAACUCUGGGUUUGCAUUCACUGCUGUUCACGUAAAGAGUGAAGAUGAUGAUGAGAAACCUCAGUUCUCAAUGCUUCAUCAAAGCCAAACUGAAAACAGCAGAGAGACAGAGCCUCCAGCUAGCAGCUCAGCUGAACAGAUAAAAACAGAAAUCAGUGAAGAAGACUGUGGACCAUCAGAACCAGAACCACAUGCAAACUGUCAUUUACAAUCUAAUACUGAUGGAGAGACUUCAGAGUCUUCUGAGACGGAAGUCAGUGAGGAUGAUGAUUGGCAGGAACCUUUGUCAGAUUUUGGACCAGAAACUGAUGACAGCGACAGCGGGUUAAACAAGAGCAGAGCACCUGUGUCAAGUGUAAAUAAGGAUGUGGGAUUUAAGAUUGCAAAACAGUCUUUAAGUUGCUCUGAGUGUGGUAAACAGUUUGUCUGCAAGCAGUCUCUUCGGAAGCAUGUGACAUGUCACUCAGAAAAAAGGUCUUCCAACUGUUUGGUUAAUGAGAAGCAUUGUAGAGUGGAUCAAAACUGUGAUUCUCAUGUGACAGUCGACACAGGAGAGAAAUCAGUUAGCUGUGACGAUUGUGGUAAAAGAUUUAAUCAAAUGAGAGAUCUUAGAAUACACACGCGAGUCCACACAGGAGAAAAACCGUUUGAUUGCAGUGAGUGUGGCAAAAGAUUUAGAUAUCAAGGAAGUUUGUAUGUACACAUGAGACUCCAUGGUGGAGAGAAACCAUUUUCUUGUAAUAAAUGCGGUAAAAGGUUUAACCUCAAGACAAAUCUUAACAGACACUUAAGAUCCCACACUGAAGAGAAACCGUUUAGCUGUCACAUUUGUGGACAAAGAUUUAACUAUAAAAGAAAUCUUAACAUGCACAUAAGAGUGCACACAGGAGAGAAACCUUUUAGUUGUGACGAUUGUGGACAAAAAUUUAACCAAAACAGAGAUCUUAGGAGACACAUGAGAGUUCACACAGAAGAGAAACCGUAUGUCUGUGGCGAUUGUGGUAAAAAAUUUAGUUAUCAAUGUAAUCUGAAGAGACACAUGGCACUUCACAAAGGAGAGAAACAUUUUGUUUGUGGUGUUUGUGGCAACAGCUUUAACAGAGAGGGGAAUCUAAAGAUACACAUGAGAGUCCACACAGGAGAGAAACCAUUUGGCUGUGACACUUGUGGUAAAAGGUUUAACCAAAAGAUACAUCUCGAGACGCACAUCAGAGUUCACACAGGCGAGAAACCUUUUGACUGCGAGUUUUGUGGCAAAAGAUUUAGACACCAGUGUAAUCUAAAGAUACACAUGAAAGGUCACACAGAAUAGUUAAGUAAUAGAUACAAAUUGAAUUUCAGCUGUUCCCUUAUUCGCAAGGGGUUGCCACAGUUUUUACACAUACCCUUGCUUACACAAUCCAGAAAAAUAUUCACAUUGCUUCAGUUGUUCCACAUUUUUUUCAUGUUACAGUUUUAUUUCAAAAUGUAUUACAUUUAUUUUUCACCUCAAAAUUCUACAAACAAUCUUAACCCCAAGAUCACAAAGUAAAAAAGCUUGCUUGAAAUUCUUGCAAAUUUAUUUAAAAUCAAAAAGCAAAAUAUAAAAUGUACAAAAAUAUUCACACCCUGUGCCAUGACAAUCAAAACUAAGCUCAGGCAGCUGAGAAAUAAGGGUAAAAGGCUUUAGUCAAGGAGGUGACCAAGACCCCAAUGGUCACUCUGACAGAGCUCUGGCAUUGUUCUGUAGAGAGAGAAGAAACUUCCAGAAGGACAACCAUUUCUGCAGUACAGUGGUCCUUCGCUAUAAUGCGGUUGACCUUUCGCGGCCUCGCUGUUUCGCGGAUUUUUUUUGUGUGCAAUUUUGCAUGCUUUCUUUUUUCAGUGCAUUGUGUUCUGCAUCCUGAUCAGCUGUAGACCAUUGUCAGUCAAUCUCCUCCAUGCCGUGUCUGCUGUACAAUACAGAAUGCAUUCAGCUUAUCAAAUUUACAUAAAUCUUCGAUCACUAGCAGUGUCACUCUGAAGUGCUGUACUGUAUGUUUGUAA